GGAACAAAUCCCGCCUAGCCAUCUUCCCUCCUCUCUCGUGCAUUUCGCAUCUGCUGCAGAGCGCGACAUCGCUGGAGCCGAACCGACAGAGCCGGAACCUCCCGUCCGAUCGCCGGAGCGGAGAUGUCCGCCUCCCUGGACAUGAGCCUCGACGAGAUCAUCCGGCGCCGGCAGCGGUCCGGGGCGCGCGGCCCCGGCCCGCUCCGUCGCCCGCCGCCGCCGUACCGCGGCCCGCCCCGAUCGGCGCCGUACUCGCCUCCGGUCCUUCGCCUGAGCUCUUCCGCGCUGAUGGCGCCGGCCGCGGUGCCGGUUUGGCGGCAGGAGGAGCUGUUCGGUGGAGCGUCCAAGCCCGAGGCAGGCACGAAGCUGUAUGUAUCGAACUUAGAUUACGACGUCACCAACGAGGAUAUAAUGUUACUGUUCUCGGAUGUUGGGGUUGUGGAAAGAUGCGGAGUCCACUAUGAUCGAAGCGGGAGAUCCAAGGGAACCGCAGAAGUUAUUUUCGCACGGCAUUCAGAUGCUUUAGCAGCUAUCAAGAGAUACAACAAUGUCCAACUUGAUGGGAAGCCAAUGAAAAUCGAGAUUGUUGGACUGAGACUCUUUCCUCCUCCUCCUCCUCCUCCUCUGCUUCCCCUUCCUCUUCCAUAUAGCAGUGUUGGAAGAUUUCAGAGUGCCUAUGCAAGAGGACAAGGUUCUGGUGCUGAGAAACUGUAUCAAGGUGGCAGCAGCCAAGGACGUCCAAGAGUUGGUGGACCAGGAAAAGCUCAUUUUCGAAAACCAUCUGCAAAAGAGCUUGAUGCCGAAUUGGACAGAUACCAUUUAGAAGCCAUGCAGUCGUCAUCGUAGACAGCACAAAUUGCUUUUUAGGAUAGUAAUCUCAUCGUUAUGCAGCUUUCCCACAUGGCAUUCACUCUUUAGGGACAAAACUAAGGAUGGUAGCAUUUUGUCUACCGUACCUGGGGUGGUGUGCUGUUCUUUUUUGGAUUCUCCAAGCUCCACCUUCUAAACCAUAGUAAAUUCUUGGCUCAUAGUCAAUAGGUAAUUCCGCAAAUCGUACGUAUAGGAGCAUCUUUUGGCAGUUUAUUUCAUUUUUUCGUCUGAAAUAGCCAUAGUAAUGUUAGCAAAGAAUCGGGGAUUGGAUUGAAGCCGAUUUAUAUCAGUUUCUACGUUACCCUUUUAAUUCA